UGUGACAGCCAGGUGCCCACUGCGCAUGUGCGAGAAGCGCUGCGCUUUGUGAAUGCCCGGCGUCUUCUCGUAGCGCUUCUCGUGCUUCCCAGCUGUCACAGCCCAUCUCUGGUGUACUGUCCGCAGUCUCUUGGUCAUCCCCUGUACUGUGUCCGCAGUCUCUUGGUCAUCCCCUGUACUGUGUCCGCAGUCUCUUGGUCAUCCCCUGUACUGUGUCCGCAGUCUCUUGGUCAUCCCCUGUACUGUGUCCGCAGUCUCUUGGUCAUCCCCUGUACUGUGUCCGCAGUCUCUUGGUCAUCCCCUGUACUGUGUCCGCAGUCUCUUGGUCUGUACUGUGUCCGCAGUCUCUUGGUCAUCCCCUGUACUGUGUCCGCAGUCUCUUGGUCAUCCCCUGUACUAUGUCCAUCCGCAGUCUCUGGUCAUCCCCUGUACUAUGUCUGUCCGGAGUCUCUGGUCAUCCCCCGUACUAUGUCUGUCCGCAGUCUCUGGUCAUCCCCUGUACUAUGUCUGUCCGCAGUCUCUGGUCAUCCCCUGUACUAUGUCUGUCCGCAGUCUCUGGUCCUCCCCUAUACUAUGUCUGUCCGCAGUCUCUGGUCCUCCCCUAUACUAUGUCUGUCCGCAGUCUCUGGU